AUGGUAGAAGUUGCUUUGACAGUGGGUAAGCUAGACGCUUCAUUGGCACUUCUAUUGACAAAGGAUCAUCAUUUGAUCGAAUUUCCAACAAUCCUCUUGCCUGAUGAUAUAUCGCCAGGAUCAAUUGUUAGAAUAACAUGUGAUCGGGAUUUAAACAGAGAACAAGAGGAGAAGAAAGAAUUUGAUCAAUUACAAGAUGAAAUAUUUGAAACUUUUGGUAAAUAUGAACCAGAAAACCCCGUUUUGAAAAUCGUUAACGUUACUCAGACCUCUUGUGUGCUAGAAUGGGAGCCAUUGAAUUUGGGUACCUCUGAAUUGAAAGAGCUGACACUUUACAAGAAUGGAUCCAAAUUAGGACCUAUCAAAAACCCAUUUCAAAAGAAAAAUAUCAAAUUCAGUGGGUUGCCAAUUGAUACACCAUAUAAAUUUCAACUAAAACUAGAAACUUCUUCGGGAAUUUAUUACUCUAAUUUGGUUGAAUUAAAGACACACAAGAUGACCGAUUUAUCGGGUAUAACAGUGUGCAUUGGAGACAUUGAUUUCGAGAAUGAGCCAUUUUCUUUGAAGGACAUCGAGGAUGCUAUUGAGGCAAUUGGUGCCAAACCUUAUUCUGAUGAAGUAAAGGUUGAUACCACACAGUUUAUUUGCACACAAGAUACUGGCAUUGAAUAUCAAAAGGCUAAGAACAUGAAUAUACCAAUAAUAAGACCUGAAUGGUUGAAGGCUUGCCAGUUAGAAAGAAGAAUAGUUGGUGUUAACAAGUUUUAUUUAGAUACUGAAUCACCAAUUUGGAAGACCAGAAAUUUUUGGGAUAGCAGUAAUGAUGUCUCUAGAUCUGUGCAGGUAAAUGGACAUGUGGAAGUACCACAUAUUGUAAUUGAUCAAGAAGAAAGUCAGCAAAAGCAAGAUCAAGAAUCUCAAAAUGAAACAGAACAUGGACUACAUCAUGAACAUGCACACGAACAUGAGCCUGAGAAGGUACCAGAAAAGGAGUCAGAGCAGGAACCAGGGAAAAAUGUCGAACCAUUACAAGAACCAAAAGCUGAGGUUGCAGAGUUAUCUGAAAGCGCUCCAGAAAUAGAAGCAGAACAAAAGGAAGAAUCAUCCAAGGCAGAAGAAGAAAACAAGGAAAAUCAAGAACUAAGUCAAGAAAAAGAAAGUUUAAACGAGAACCCUGAAAAGGUAAAUACUGAAGAACAAAUUCAAGAUGAAGCAAGUGAAGAAGCCCUAGAUGAAAAAGAGGACAAUGAGUUGUUGCAGGGAGAUUUGUUAGAAACACCAGUUCAAGGAACAUCGGAAGCUGCAGAUGAGAUAUUGAAGAGCAAAAGCAAUACCAGCAAUGACGUUCUUGAGACUCCAGCGCCUGCAUUGAUAAACCAGUCAAGUGAGAAGCCUUCCGCAAAGAUAGAAGAAGCAAGGUCUUUAGAGGAACCAACUGACCUAGCUGACUCUGCACAGCCUGUAAAAGCAUCUGUUGAAAAGUUGGUAGUCGAGGCUAACAAGCAAUCUGCAGUGGAGUCUUCUGAUCUAACAGACACAGCUCCUGUGAAUGAAGUUUCUUUUGAAACAACCACGCAUAAAGCGGAAUCUAGCGAAAAUAUAGAACCAGAACAAGUGGUUGACAAUAAAGCCGCUGAUAAUGAGCAAGGUACAGUCAGUGAACCUGAAGAUUUUAAAAUAGAGGAUUUGGAAGGUGCAGAGGGAAAUGCCGAGUCUGAGACAGGACCUGCGAAUGAAGGAAACAAUGAAACACAGGCUAACGAUAAGAAAAAAAAUAAGAAGAAGAAGAAGAAAGGAAAGAAGUAG